UGACAGUGUUGAGUAGUUGAUCCUUUUCACGAAGCGCAAUUUUUCGGUUGCAGGAAUGAAUUCUUGUGUUUCGAAAUAGCUUUUAAAUAAUUUAAUAAAACACUACAAUAUACGAAUAUGGAAACGAUCAAACCCCCAACGGCUCACUUGGCAGCAUUGGAAUCUCAUUUUGGUCAUUCCAAUUUUAGACCGAUGCAGUGGACUAUCAUUCGCUCUAUCAUAGAGGAUCGGCAAGACAAUUGCGUCAUAAUGGCAACAGGAUAUGGAAAAUCACUUACCUACCAAUAUCCAUCGGUUUUUCUCCAAAAGCUAACAAUCGUAAUUUCACCGUUAAUCAGUUUGAUGGAAGAUCAGGUUCUGUCUUUAAAUUUAAGCAACAUACCGGCUUGUCUGCUAGGUUCCGCACAAAGAGCGAAUCCCAUUCCAGAUAUCAAGGCUGGCUUGUUUCGGAUAGUUUACUUGACUCCAGAGUACGUCACUGGGGAUGCGGGAAAAUAUCUGCUAGAGCAAGUUAAUGAUCAGCUGGUGUUGAUUGCGAUUGACGAAGCUCAUUGCCUAAGCAAGUGGGGUCACGAUUUUCGACCGGCAUACAGACAUCUGGGUCUAAUUCGUAGGAUUUGUCCGCGGGUUCCUAUUCUAGCCGUAACUGCGACUGCAACACCGAACGUCCGAGAAGAUAUUGUUUCCAGUCUAGGAUUGCGCAACCCGCAAGUUCUAUGCACUGGGUUCGAUCGGCCCAAUCUGACUUUUCACGUCAAAAUGAAGGGUACUCUUGGUGUGUGGGAGGAUUUACGAACGUUGCUUAGCAAAAACACAGAAGGUAGUGUUAUUAUUUACUGCUUAACCCGGAAACAAACGGAAGAGAUUGUAGAACUGUUGAAAAGUAAAAAUAUUGACUGUGAGCCAUAUCACGCAGGACUUUCACUGAAACAGAGACAACAGGUGCACGAAAGUUUUGUCCGGGAUCGCAUUCAGAUUAUUGUAGCUACGAUAGCUUUUGGAAUGGGAAUCGAUAAACCGGACGUAAGAUUGGUUAUCCAUUUCGGCGCUUCGAAAGACUUGGAAAGUUACUAUCAGGAAGCAGGCCGAGCUGGUAGAGAUGGACAACCGUCGAAAUGUGUUAUGUUUUGGAGUCGUGCUGAUUUCAAAACUCACGAGUUUUUAAGAGAACACAGCCAAGGUGGGGUUCAGAAAAACCUUGAAGCAUUGUCUAAGAAAAUGCACGAAUAUUUGGACACUAGAGAUUGCAGACGGCUAUUCAUUUUGCGAUAUUUCGAGGGAAACAACGUAAAAAUUGAUCCUCGAAAGCAAUGCUGUGAUAACUGUGACCGAACGGUUGGUGGAGUCAAAGACAGUGAUCGAUAUGAGGGAAUCGACGAAAAUGGAAAUUACGAUUUUAGUAAAGACACGGAACAUUUACUAAAGGCUAUCGAAGCCUUCGGCGGGGGAACAGGUGUGGCGCUGCCAAUUGCAUUGCUGCGUGGUUCUAAAAGUAAGAAAUUGAACGAUCACUAUCUGAAAAAUCCACUACACGGAGUCGGGAAGUCACGGGAUGAAGACUGGUGGAAAGCUUUGGCAACUUUACUUGAAAGAGAGGGCUUUCUAAAUAAGAUUAAAUUACCCAACAAUUAUAACAAGUUUGCGGUAAUUUACAAGGUUCAGCUAACUCCGACGGCCAGGAAAUGGCUUGAAACGUCGAAUCGGAAACUGCCAAUGAAGCCAACGGCCGAAAUGUUCAAAUCUCUUCGAUUGGUACGAGCGCAACCGUUGUUCGAUACAUUCGUAGAUUUCCAAAGCCAACCAAAGGCGACCUUUAAACUGUUACCGCCACCUGGCAGCAGUAGUACUUCUCAAGUGCUCGACCAGUCGUCUAUGCCAAAGCAGGACCUUGUUCAGGACAUGGUGAAGAGUCUACUGAAGAAACGGUCCGAGCUUGCCACCACAUACGAGUGUAUGCCUUACAUGAUUGCCUCGAAUCAAGCUCUUCACCAGAUGGCUACUGCCAGGCCAUUGAAUUUGGAUGAGAUGAAACGUGCCAAACUGGAUGGAUUCUCCGAUAUUAAAAUCCAAAAGUUUGGAAAAGAGUUUUUGGCUUGUAUUCAACAAAAGUUGAACUUACCCACGAAAAGCGAUGGCACAGAUGGUUUAUCUACCAUCCAACAAGCCCUGCAGCAUUAUCCUCUAGCGAAAGGUAAAUUUUCACCCACACAUCAGACAACGUGGAACCUGUGGUUAGAAGGCCGCUCAGUUGCGGAUAUUGCCAAGUUUCGAAGUCUGGCUGAAGCGACGGUUACAAGCCAUUUAUGCGAAGCAAUUAAACAUGGUUUUUUUUUCGGUUGGAAAGAUUUCUCUCGAGUGGACGUUGAUCGGAAAAUGUUUGAGCACAUCAAAUCGACCCUUCCACCGAAUCUGGAUGGAGUCAAGUUAACUGACAUUAAAAAUCGUUGCCUCCCUCACGUUACAUUCGAUCAAAUAAAACUAGUCCUGACAUACGUUCAGUUGAGGAACCAUCUAAAAUCACAUAAUAUCCAGGUUGAAAAUGAUGCGGCUGCUCCAGCUGCUCCGAAAAUGAUGCCAGUUCCAUCCGCGGAUAACCUUUGGGGUGAUGAAGAUGAGGAUGAGCUAACCGUUGCAGACAGCAGCUUUGAUGAAAUUGAUCGUAUGUGUGAAAAAGCAACUAACAGUCAGAAAGGGAAUGAAAAAGUGCCAAUUCCCGGAAGCAUCACUAUUGAUGACGAUGAGGAGGAUAUCGAUUUGGAUGAAAUUGCUGCACUAGAACAGGCCGUCAUUAAUGGAGAUGAUGCUUCUUUUGAUGGGGCUAAGAGCUCUCAAGCAAACGCUGCUACCACAAAACAACUUUCCAAUUCAAGACGUAUCAUCUACGAUGAUAGUGAUGAUGACGCUGAACAACCACCAAAGGGUCCCAGUCCACGUAAACAGGCUAAGCUUGAACCUGUGGUAGAUGUAGCGAAACCCACAUUCCAAUUUAAAACGGCUAGCAGUGCGGCAGUACCGUGCAGUAGGUUGUCUAACAGAAAAAUAAUCUACGACGAUAGUGAUGACGAUGAUGAAGAUAUUGCAAAAACGGAAGCAAUGCCUUUACCGAGGAGAAGGAUUUCUUGAGCAAUUUCUGCGAUUAAAUGCAACUGUUAAAUCAAGUUAAUAAUAAAUGUUUUAUUCGUGAAAAA